GUUUUUGUCAGAUUUUAAAUUUCUUUAAUGUCGGUGUCAUUUUAUGCAUUUUUUAGGCCAGCAUUAUUUCAGCUGUUAACAGUACUAGCGUAUGAUCUUUAAAUAAUGCAGUUCUUUAUUAUCCUGUGGACACUAUUUUAUCCUGAGACAACACCAAGAUCAUUGUCCCCUUAAAAUCAACAGAAAGAAGAAAUAUAUCUUAUGCAAUCACAGUAGUUUGAAUUCAUCAUGGAAGAAAGUCUUUGCUUAAAACAUAUGGACAUACAAAAAUAGAAAGUUACCCAUGAUGUGAAAGCAUCAGAAAAGGCAAAUGGAAAGGUCAACAUCAUUUAUGAUAAUAUAUUGAAUAUGCAGAACUGAACUGAAUUUUAAAUAACUGAACAUAGGUUUAAACUUUUUUUUUCAUUAUUUCAGCAUGGAAAGCAGCUUUUCGAUGCUGAACAAUUUGGGAAAGCAUAUCGUCAUUAUAGGAAGGCUGCCACAAUUCUGGAGGAAUAUCGCCUUAAGGACGAUGAGGAGGAACGAGAACAGCAACAGAUGCUUUUCAAGAUGUACCAUCACAUGGCAGUGUGCAGCGAUAGGAUGGCCAAACCUGGUCGCUGUAUUAGCUACUGCAAAAGGAUGAUGGAGAUCGAACCAGAAAAUGUCAAGGCACUCUACUUUUUUGGGAAGGCACUGCAUCAGCAACAGGAGUUUGAUCGAGCACGUGGUUACCUGAUCAAGGCUCAGCGUAUUGAGCCUAGCAACCGCAGCAUCAAUGAACAGCUUGCCAAACUCGAAAGGGAUGUUAGGAAUUACAAGGUAAUGGAAACCAACAUGUACUCACGGAUGUUCUCGAAACCAAAGGGACAAACACAGGAAGGUAAUGAUUCCUUAUAUUUGUUUAAAGGAUAUGGUAGAGAGUCAUGAUAUAUUUAUCCUAUG